CAUCUAACUUUGUGGGUUUUACUCAGUGCAGUUAUCCAGCUAACUCAGUAAUCCUGCUUUGUGAUACAGGGCCCUGAGCAAAUGAUUUCUAACUGAUAUCCUGCACCUGGGCAACAGGAGGGAGGAGAAGGAAGAGGAGUAGAACAGGAAGGGGCGGAGCAGCAGGAGGAAGAGGAGGAGCUGCAGCAGGAAGGGGAGGAGCCGCAGGAGGAAGGGGAGGAGCCGCAGGAGGAGGAGCAGCAGCAUGGCGUCGUGGUUCGGCUGGAGCGAGCCGUACCAGCGCAGUGCGGCCCGGCGCCCGGCGGAGGUGGUGGCGGACACGCUGAUGCUGGAGCUGGGCUGGCAGCUGAAGGAGGCGGAGCGGCUGCAGAGGGAGCGGGACUGUGAGUUCCGCCGGCUCCAGAGCGGCGUGGACUACAGCUGGCUGGCCUGCGCCCCGCGGGCCUCCUACGACAUCAGCGUGGGCGAGAGGCUGGCCCUGGAGGAGCUCUGCGCCCAGAUCCCACCGCCCUACUGCGGCACCGUCAUACUCAGGUUGAGGCAGGAGGUGCAGCAGAAUGAGCCGGAGGUGGGGGAGGUGUCGGCUCUGUUCCGGGCGGUCCUGGGGGAGGUGCUGGAGAGGAGUCGCGAGGAGGAGGAGACGCGCCGUCUCUCCCGGCAGUGGAGCGGCCGGCGCUCCGUCAGCUCCUCGCUCCUGACGUUCCGGACACGCGUGCGGAUCAACCCCUUCGGCAGCGACGGGAACGCCGAGGUCAGGACGGUCUCCGAGGACGUGGAGCGGGGCCUGGAGCGGGGCCUGGAGCGGGGCCCGGGCCGGGCCUACAGGGCCACGCGUGUCUGGAGCAUGCCGGAGUUCCGCACCGGGAAGACCGUCUGAGCCGAGGGCCCGGCUCCACGGAACGCCACGGAGUUCUGCGGACACGGGGAACGCUCCGCAGCGUUCAGGGUUCAGGGGGAAAUCAUUUGAGAGAGAGAGAUGGAAAGAUUGAGAGAGAGAGAGAGAGGAGGAGAGAGAGAGAGAUCUGGACUCCUCUGGCUCCUUGUCCAGUUCCUCUGAUAGGGAUUCUCUCUCUUAUCUAAAAGCCUUUCACUUUCCACAUUUUACUUUCGUCAUAAACUACAAACUACCGUGUGCUGCUUAUAUAACUGACAUAUGAGAAUCAUGCUUCUAAAAACCAGUGCAUUAAACUCCCACAUGAGCAAUUA